AUGACGGUCCCAGUGCCCAACAGCACAGCGGUGUCGUGGGCUUCGGUGGUAGCACGGCCAGAGCCAGAUCCGGAGCGGUCACCCUGCCUGGUGGGCAUUGUCCCCAUCGUGUACUACAGUGUCCUACUGGGGCUGGGGCUGCCAGUGAACAUCCUGACCGCCGUGGCCCUGUCCCGCCUGGCCACCAGGACCAAGAAGUCAUCGUACUGGUACCUGCUGGCCCUGACCACCUCCGACAUCCUCAUCCAGGUCUUCAUCAUCUUCGUGGGCUUCAUCCUGCAGACAGCCAUUCUGGCCCGGGCGGUGCCCAGCGCCUUCAUCCACACCGUCAACGUGCUGGAGUUCACGGCCAGCCACGCCUCCACCUGGGUCACCGUGCUGCUCACCGUGGACCGCUACGUGGCCCUGUGCCACCCGCUGCGCUACCGCGCCGUGUCGUACCCGCAGCGCACGCGCAGGAUCAUCGCGGCCGUGUUCGCCGCCGCCCUGGCCACCGGCAUCCCCUUCUACUGGUGGCUGGACGUGUGGCGUGACGCCGACCCGCCCACGGCGCUGGACACGGCGCUCAAGUGGCUCCACUGCAUCACCAUCUACUUCCUGCCCUGCAGCAUCUUGCUGGCCACCAACUCCAUCAUCAUCCUCAAGCUGAGGCGGCGGCGGCGCGCGGGGGGCGGCAAGACCACGGCGCUGCUCCUGGCCGUCACCACCGCCUUCGUGGUGCUCUGGGCCCCCCGCGCCGUCGUCAUGAUGUGCCACCUGUACGUGGCCUCGGUCAGGAGGGACUGGCGCAUGCACCUGGCCUUGGACAUCGCCAACAUGGUGGCCAUGCUCAACACCUCCCUCAACUUCUUCCUCUACUGCUUCGUCAGCCAGACCUUCAGGCGCACGGUGGGCGAGGUGCUGCGGGGGCACCCCCGGCACGGCCCCCCCCGCCGGGGCAGAGGCCGCUUCCCACCCCCGGCCCUCAAACCGCUGGAGCUGUUGGCUGGCACUGCGCUCUGA